AUUGGCCAAAAAAGUGGAUGAAAUCGUUGAAAACUGGUGUGAAAACCGCAUCGUCCUUACCGUUUGCACACAAUGAUAUAGCAUGCCGUAGUGUUCCGGUGGUAUUGUUGCUGCUAAUCGGUCGUCCUUUUUGGAUGGGAGUGAUUCGCAGUGCCGUUGCCGAAUCGUCAUCGUACUGCACCAGUGUAAUGCACUGACUGCCGCGUUCCGUUGCGCUUGCCGAGCCACGGUGCAAACAAAGGAAACGUGUGAGAAAACGAUUGCGUAUCGAAUUUGUGUGCGGAAGGAGAUUGAAACAGAAGGAACAGCAAGGCAAUAGGAAUCAGCGUGAAGAGAACGAGGGAGUAAUUAACAUUGAAUCCGCAACAAACGAAAAAGCAUGGGUGACAUGAUGCGAUUAAGUAGCAGCGGUGGGGCGCUCGGUAGUGGUUUCCAUCGUGAUAAGCUCGGUUCACCGUCCACUGGCUCGGAAGACGGCGGUGGCAUUGAUCUGGCCGAUAUCGCUCAGGAACUGGAUCAGGACGAGUUCGAUGGUCCGGCAACACUGAACGGUGCAUUCGACCGUCCGGCCAUUACUGCUCCACCGGAGAGUGAAUGGUACCAUGGGAGGCUCGAUCGAUACAGUGCCGAGCAGCGGCUGAAAUCGACCACCAAACUGGGCAGUUAUUUGGUUCGCGAAAGCGAUCGCAAACCCGGUUCGUACGUGCUGAGCUACCUCGGUCGCACCGGUAUCAACCAUUUCCGCAUUACCGCAGUGUGUGGUGACUUUUACAUUGGUGGCCGGCAGUUUUUCUCGCUAAGUGAUUUGGUCGGUUAUUACACCUCGUGUAGCGAUUUGCUCAAACGCGAGCGGCUCGUGCAGCCCGUACCGCCGCCAGAACCGGUCAACGAUAAGAAGCGCGUUGUGGCGAUCCUGCCGUACACUAAGAUGCCCGACACGGAUGAGCUGACGUUCCAGAAGGGUGACAUUUUCUUCGUGCACAAUGAUAUGGGUGACGGGUGGUUGUGGGUGACAGCACAUAGGACCGGCGAACAGGGUAUGAUCUUUCGCGAGCUGGUGGAGGAUCUGGAUCCGGCGAUCGAUCCGAAUACGGUGUUUCCAUGGUUCCAUCCGACGUGCACCAAGAACGAGGCGGUCGACAUGUUGGUGAAGGCGGGUCCGGGAAGCUUUCUGGUGCGUCCGAGCGACAAUUCACCUGGGGACUAUUCGCUGUUCUUUCACAUCAACAAUCAGAUACAGCGGUUCCGCAUCGAGAAGAAGGGCGUACGCUAUCUGAUGGGUGGUCGUACGUUCGAAUGCCUCGAUGCGGUGAUCAAUCGAUACCGGAAGGAACAGAUCGUGGAGGGACACACGCUGAUGCAUCCGGUCAUCAAUGGGAGUCAGCCGGAAUACCAUCCCCCGACAAAUUUGGCCAGCGCGGCGGAAAAAAUUUAUGCAACGUUGCGCGAGUGCCGCGAUCAGAACAUGCUGAAAAAGACGAAGGGUAUCAAGCAUCAAGGGUACUUGUUGAAGAAAUCGGACAAAACGGCCAAAUGGAAGCAGCUGUUCUUCGCCCUGCUUGUGGAGGGUUCCGAAACCCACCUGUGCUUCUACGACAAUCCGAAGAAGACAAAGCCGAAGGGUUUGAUUGAUCUUUCGUGCGCGUAUUUGUAUCAGUGCCAUGAAUCAUUUUGGGAGCGACAACACUGCUUCCAGAUAGUGGAAAGAGCGCUUCCGUGUCUCGCUACCAUCACCUAUCUCUGUGCCAACAAUCAGGAAUGCUACGUCGAGUGGAUAUCGGCGCUAAAAUCGCACUGUGUCUCUCAGCUAAGCAAAGCGCAAUCAAAGGUUCCGCGGCUGCGCGAGCUACGCUGUCUUAAUCUGCAGAUUCUGGAAGCGCAUCGAUUGCCGUUUAAGCUAGUGCCCCACCCGUACUGUGUCGUUUCGCUGAACCAGGUGAAGGUGGGCAAGACGCGCGUUAAGACGGCACCCGAUCCCGUAUGGGAGGAGGAAUUCGUCCUGGACGAUGUUCCGCCGGAUGUAGUUACGGUUACGAUUACCGUGCUCAGCCGUGGCAAACGUGGCAAAGAUUCGGAAGUAGCCGAGCUGACGGUCGACCUGUGCAGCCUCAAGAAUGGACAGGAAACGGAGGAAUGGUUCCCGCUCAACGGUAUGACACCGAUGGGUGAGUGGGGUUCGAUCCGGUUGCGCAUACGGUACCUGGACGAUCUCGUCAUGCCAUGCGAGGAAUACAGUCCGCUGCAGCAGCUGCUGGUCGAGUCGGAACUGAACGCGGUUCGGGCUUUAUCCGAGAUAUGCCACAACGAUCGCAUCCCGCUUGCCACCUCACUGCUGAAGGUGUUCCGGCACGAAAAGCGCGAAACGGAGCUGUUGCGAAUCCUUUGCCAGGCGGAAGUGGCACGCGAGAAUGAAACCUCCACCCUGUUCCGUGGAGCAUCGCUUGCAACGACCCUGAUGGAUCUGUACAUGCGUGCCGAGUGUACGCUAUUCCUCCAGUCGGCCGUAUCCGAUACGGUGCAGCGAAUACUGGACAGCAAGCAGUCGGCCGAACUGAAUCCAACGAAAAUGGAUGUCAACGAUGACGCUUGCUCGAAUGCGGAAUUUUUGCUAAUGAUUCUCGACCAGGUGACACAGUCGAUCUUCACCUCGCCGGAUGCGUGUCCACGCACGGUGCGGUAUAUCUGCAACUGUUUGCAGAAAUCAGUCGUGGCCAAGUGGCCCUCGCCGAACGAGCGCUUGGUACGAACGCGCGUCGUAUCCGGAUUCAUCUUUUUGCGGCUGCUCUGUCCCGCCCUGCUCAAUCCUCGUCAAUUCGGUCUAGUCAAUGAAACGCCACACCAAAUGGCGACCAGAUCGCUGAUCAUGGUCGCGAAAUGUUUACAAAACCUGGCCAAUCUCGUCGAAUUCGGUGGCAAGGAACCGUACAUGGAAGUAGUAAAUCCGUUCAUCUUAAAAAAUAAGGAACGCAUGAUUGUAUUUCUCGAUCAGCUGUCGUCCGUUACGGAUCCCAAUCCACCACCCGGGUGCAUGCAGGAACAAAACAACUGCACAUUGUCCAGCUCCGAUGCAGGCCGCGAACUCGCCACACUGCACCACAUUUGUGUGUCGUAUCUGCCGGAGCUGCAAGCCAUGAGCAAGACGAACAACGCACUGAAGAAGCUCGUAACCGUGACGGAGAUGCUCUCGAAACACAAGCUUAAGUAUCGCGAAAUGAUCAGCUAAUCAGUUUAGCCAAGAGCAGACGAACCAGAUGGCCCCCCAACAAGCAACGAGUCAGUCUUUCUACGCCACUGUAUCGUCACUGUGAAAUGGAUGCAGGGUUUUUGUUAGUCUCGUCGAAAGAUGUAGGUUGUACUGUACCUUUGUGGUAUGCAGACGAUAGAAUGGAACAACCGAAGAGAGAAGGAUAGUUUUGGUACAUUCGCACAAUAUCUAAUUCUUCUAGGGUACACGUUUUCCCGCUAUAUGUAUGCUACUGUCCCCAUAUUACCUUUUGUCUUGGCCCCUGCUGAUACGGGGACCUGAAGCGUGUGUGUAUGCUUUUUUGUCACCCUCUAUCUCUGUCUCUUUCUCUUUUUUUACACGCACGUCUACGUGACCCAAUGUAAGUGAAUUGAUUACCAUAUACUCAGGAGAAAUUGACUUUAGGCUAAUAGAUGACUGAAACACGCAAUCAGCAAUAGCAGGAUGACUCUCAAUGUGAAAGAGGAAUUCGAUCUACAAAUUGCUGCGGUAUUUUGCAGAACCAUAAUAUUGGAAAAUAUAAUUUGUGUGUAAUCUUCACGCAUUGGUAAUCAUCAUACAGUUGAUUUACAAGUUUCGCAUUAUUGAAAGGUAAAUUUCAUUAUGUGAUCGCUAAGCACCACAACCGGAUAUUCGUUGUGAAACGUUUUCUGUUUUGUGAUGGAAACCCCAGUAAUGGCAAAAAGGACUUGUAGGGAACAAAUGACCGACGUUUGGAAUUAAUUUUUCACUUGAUGUUAUGCUCCUCAUUUUAAGCAUCACACUCCACGAAGAAAAAAACCCUCCCUCCUUUCGGAACGACUGAUUGUUUUCUUCCUCAGAUUGAUGCAUUGACUGGUGUGUUAUUUGCGAAACGAUUUAAUUCAACAAUUUAUAUAAACGAUACACAACAUACCAGCAACAACAAAGCAAAAUAACAACUUACGCCUGUAGGUAAAUGAAACGUUCAUUAAUGACCCAUACAUAGCAACCAGUUUAUCAUGUACCGAACAUCGUAGAGAGCAAUCGAGCAUAGUUUUGCAUAGAUCGUGAUGAUGUUUUCACCUCCUUCAUUAUUCCGUGGCCGGUGCUCGCUGCGCCGGCUAAAGUAAACUAACACUGUGAAUUGUGUAUCCAUUUACAACACUAGUCUCGUCGUGAAAAAGGGUUUUAUACAAGCUUUCUUUCGUCAGCUGCUGCUGUGCGUGAAAGCGUAGUGAAUAAUUGUGGUUCGUACAGUAGCUUUCCUUUUUGUAUACUAUUCUUUAUAUCCUCGUAAC